AUGUUUCUGUCUGCUCAUAAAGCAACAAAAAUAAAACCCGAAACAACUUCAAAAGUUUACAAACCUUAUUGGAAUGAUCGUGCAAAGGUCUUGUCGGAGAAAUUGUGGUUACCCACCGAGAAUGAUGUUGUGUGUGAUACCAAUUCGUGGUUCUUCUCAACUAUCCGACUUCCGUCGAAUGUGAGCUGUCCGAGGGUAUCUGUUGGAAACAAGGAAGAUGAACUUAUCGCUGAAUUGAAGGGAAAAAAACGAAAGAUCACGAUGGUUAGAAAGAGCAAGAAGAGAAAGACUAACGAGAGCAUGUGUCGGACGUUGAACGUGCGUUUGUAUCCGAAUCAUGCUCAAAAACAAAUGUUGAAACGAUGGAUGGGAUUGUCGAGGUUGAACAAUUCUGUUAAGAUGUUGGUUGCCGACCAGCUUCCUUUAGGAAUUAACACCUCAGAAUCUCCGAUUCAGGAUGAUACGGGCAAAACAACUUUCUUGACGACUCAACUGAUAUUCGCAACUGUUAUUGGCGUAACUUCCUUUUUGCUAUUUUGUCUCCUUCGAACUCGCUGGAGCACAAUUUUUGCACCGAGGAGCCGUUUACGAUUAGAAGGACUUGCCCCCCAAUCUCUUCCUGAUUCGUUUUUCUGGUGGAUCGUUACAUUAUUCAAAAUGCCCGAAUCUGAGGUUUUGGAUCUCGUAGGCUUGGAUGCUGCUGUACUCUUAUCAUUCUUUGUAAUGUCAUACAGAUUAUUUGCAUUUUGCAGUUUUUUCGGACUUGUUAUACUUUCUCCAAUAAAGUUGACUGGUUACAUGCCUGGUAACCAUAGCAAAAACCUACAAGAAGAUGAUCCAAUAGGAAUACCUGAAAAUGAAUUAGAAGCUUAUGGAAUUCUGUUAUCAUAUGCUAUAUUCACUUGGGUUUUCUCAUUUGCAACAUUUUAUUUCACGUAUGAUAAUUAUCGUGAAUUUUCAAUAAUGCGACAUCGUUAUUACUGCAAAUGGAAAAAUACUAUUAGUGCGAGAACUGUGAUGGUAACCGUAUUACCAAAAAAGUUACAAGAAGAACCUGCGCUUGCUGAAUUUUAUGAUUCAUUAGGUCUGGGUACGGUUGAAAGUGUAGUUGUUUAUAAGAAUGUACGAAAGUUAAGACACGCACUUGAAAUGCGCACAUAUUAUUUAAGAGAGCUUGAAAGGGCCUACCGAGAAUAUUUGGGCAAUCCUUGUGAUUAUCCUGAUUAUGAUCCUAUUAAGGCACUCAAUGAAUUCGAACUAAAUAAAGAAAUUACGGCUCUUCAAGAUAUUGAUAUUCAUAGAAAGCGUCCAACAAUUCGGACUGGUUGUUUAUAUUUAUUCGGCAAAAAAGUUGAUAAAAUUGAUUAUUAUACGGAUCUAUUCAAAUCUUAUGAUGAGUUGGUUGAACAAGGUAGAAAACAUAGAAAAUAUAAGCCUACGUCAGUCGGAUUUGUGACUUUUGAAAAUAUUACUAGCGCGCAACUAGCCGCGCAAGUUCUCAUUUAUGAUGAACCAUUUCAAUGCCACACUACAAUGGCACCUGAACCUUGGGAUGUAUACUGGCACAACCUUAUCAUUCGUGAAAGAGAAAAGCUCAUUCGUACUGUAAUAGUAAAUCUUGUGAUUAUUUUGAUGGUAUCUUCCUGGGGUUUGGCUACUUUACGUAUAGCCUCGCUAUUGCGAUUAUCAACUCUGGAGAAAGUAUUUCCAUGGUUGGCAAAUUUGGCUAAAAAGAACAAAUUUUUGAAAUGGUUUAUCCAAAGUACGCUUCCGCCUAUUGCACUUACCGCAUUAAAUAAUGUAUUGCCACCCAAAUUAAUGUCAUACCUAUCUAGUAUUCAAGGAUUUUAUACUCGUAGUACAAUCGAACUCUCUACAUUUGCAAAAUAUUUUUUUUUCUUAAUCUUGACCCUAUUUGAAAUACCUUUUGCAAAAGCACUAAUAGACGAUAUCUUUGAAAAUCCCAAAGACAUUGCAGAUCAACUUGCGAAAACUUUACCAGGAUCAGCCCCUUUGUUCAUUAACUUAGUUGUCCUUCAAGGAAUUGGAUUGUUUCCAGUUCAUUUAUUACAAAUGAGCGAGAUUGCUUUUACCUUGUUUAUGCGUAUAUUCGUUACAAAAACCCCGAGAGAAUAUGCUGAAGCUAGUGCCCCUCCAUUUCUGGAUUUUGGUCAAGAAUUACCACCCGUCAUUCUAAUUUUCGUGAUUGUACUUAUAUAUUCUUCUAUCACACCGAUAAUUCUCCCUUUUGGUGCAAUAUAUUUUUUCCUGGGUUAUUUGACAUAUAAAUACUUAUUAUUAUAUGUUUAUUAUCAUCCUUACGAAACUUCUGGUCUUGUUUGGCCAAAAAUCUUCCAUCGAAUCAUUGUUGGCCUUUAUAUAUAUCAGCUCAUGAUGAUAGGAUAUCUGUCUUUAAGAAAAUGUAAAUUCAUGGCACUCAGUUUGACUCCUCUUCUUGUUAUUACAGCAAUAUUCUAUUAUUAUGUAAAUGAAGCAUAUGCCCGUAAUGCUGCUUUCAUUCCGUUAAAGACUUUAACAGAGGAAUGCACUGAUGACGAUUCAUCUUCCAUGCCUUCCACUAGCGGAAAAAUGAAUAUUCGGUCAGAUAUUGAAAUUUAUCAUGCGGAACCAGAGUUGUACACAGAUUAUAGUCAACCACCCAUGACUUUAUACAACGGCGUACUCAAUACUGGAAUGCGGAAUUAUGGCGCCCCAGCAUUAGUAGGGGUACUUCCUUGGUUAUGGCUUCCAGUUAAGGGAGACAAACCUAACGAAAUGAAUAAGCACGGAUUUUUCCGUCGUUUAUUAGGUUUCAAUAACAAGAGUAAGCAGCCUAAUGACGAAGAAAGUGAGCCAUUAUUAAGUGAACCGACCGAAUCAGAAACUGUUCAGCGCGCUAAUGCUAAAAUUUUAGAAGAAAAACACAAGGCACUAAAUGAUCUUAAAAAUCCGCACAUAUAUUAUCCACACCCAGAACGUCUUAGAUUAAAUGAUGAUAAUAUAAACGAAAGUAGAAAUAAUGUAGCGAGUGGUUCAGGAAGUAACUCGACAUAA